AUGAGGUUUGGAAAGAAGGUCAAGCUUAGCCCUAGGCUCAUUGGACCUUUUGAGAUUUUGAGUCGAGUGGUAGAGGUGGCCUAUAAGUUGGCCUUGCCACCUAUUUUGUCGGCAGUUCAUCCUGUUUUCCAUGUCUCUAUGCUUCAGAAGUAUAUUCCGGAUGAAUCUCAUGUGCUUUCACUUGAGUCUUUGGAGUUGGGUCCAGACUUGACAUUUGAGGAGGAGCCUAUAGCUAUUUUGGAUAGGCAAGUUCGAAAGCUUAGGACCAAAGAGAUUGCUUCAGUGAAGGUGCAAUGGAAGCACCGAUCAGUGGAAGAGGCAACUUGGGAGACUGAGUCUGACAUGCGUGCCAGAUAUCCUCAACUUUUUGAAGCUCCACGUGAAAUUGAACCAGAUUCAAACUUCACAGCUGAAGAUUUUCGUUUGCAAGUUGUCGUCUAUAUAGAAAAAAUAAUGAAGACUCAACGUGUUCCAAUUACUGUUGGAGGGUCAAAUUCGUAUAUUGAAAAACUUGUUUAA